GCCGGGCUGUUCCCUCUGCCGGCUCCCCUCCCUCCCUCCCUCCCUCUCUCCGGCCAUGCCGAAGGUGGUCUCCCGCUCGGUGGUCUGCUCGGACACGCGCGACCGCGAGGAGUACGACGACGGGGAGAAGCCCCUCCACGUCUACUACUGCCUCUGCGGGCAGAUGGUCCUCGUCCUGGACUGCCAGCUGGAGAAGCUGCCCAUGCGCCCCAGGGACCGGUCCCGGGUGAUUGACGCCGCCAAGCACGCCCACAAGUUCUGCAACACCGAGGAAGAAGAGAACGUUUACCUGCGCAGGCCAGAAGGUAUUGAGCGGCAAUACAGGAAGAAGUGUGGAAAGUGCGGUCUGCUCCUGUUCUACCAGCACCAGCAGAAGAACGCUCCGGUCACCUUCAUUGUCGAUGGGGCCGUGGUCAAGUUUGGACAAGGCUUCGGCAAAACCAACAUCUACACCCAGAAACAAGAGCCCCCCAAGAAGGUGAUGAUGACGAAGCGGACCAAGGACAUGGGCAAAUUCAGUUCAGUGACCGUUUCCACGAUUGAUGAGGAAGAGGAAGAGAUUGAAGCGCGGGAAAUUGCAGACUCGUAUGCACAGAAUGCCAAAGUGAUUGAGAAGCAGCUCGAGCGGAAGGGCAUGAGCAAAAGGCGGCUGCAGGAGCUGGCUGAGCUGGAAGCGAAGAAGGCCAAGAUGAAAGGCACCCUGAUUGACAACCAGUUCAAAUGAGAAGCAGGAUCCUAUUCGAAAGUGUCAUUUCUGGAAACGAUCAUCCUUGCAAAAUCCAGGCAAAUCCUUUGCAAGGCUAUUUUCUUACAGAUGUCGUAUUUUGUCUAUACCUAGUUGUUUGAGUCUAAGAAAUACGGCUUCCUUUAUUUCCUAGGAGGCCGUUCGCUUGGAUCGGUUGGGCCGCGUUCCUUAUUUGUAUGUUUUCAUGUAGACAUCAUGUUUAGGAAGGAAACAAAAGUUUGCCCAGAAAAUAAAUAAAUCUCUGUUAAGGGUU